AUGACAGAACCGUUUCAGGUUCUUCUUACAAUACCUCACAGAAGGCCUGAAAAAAAUGCUCCUAAUGUGAUACCUUUUACUCUUCACGUAAGUAAAGUGGGCGGUAAUGCACCACUUGGUGCUUAUGUUUACUCCAUCGUGGAUAUUCGUGCUUCCAAUGAUAAAGUGUACCAAACACUACUAAAUAAUGCAACGGAAGAAUUAUUGGAUCUCACCAAGAAGUUAGGUAGUUUGCUUAGUAUGAAAUAUAGUGUUCCAAGUUACGUGAGUAUCAGUGGUGAUAUCUCUUUAGAAGAGUUUGUUCCAUUGUCCAAAGAAGUAUUUGAAUUAAUAGAAAAGAGCUACUGA